GAAGAGACGGUGUUCCGUAGCGAAUUGGGCCGACGGUAGUUCCCAGUCCUAAAAGAGUUUAAUUACUCCGGCCGACGGCGACGAUGUGGCUGUACUAAUUAACGCGAGUUGACCUCCUCCUCAAGCCGAUUGUCCUUGUUAUUCUCAUCGGCCAGCAAGAGCUCGCUGGGCAGGCCCGAUAUAUCAUAUAAGUUGUGGUCCUUUCCUCAGCACUGCUCAUAUCCGGUCAUCUGCGCAACGUAAACACUUAGGUAUGAAAAGCAUGACUGCCGCCGAGGCUUCUAAGUCUCUACUGUCACUCCCAGCAGAUGUCCUUCUAUUUCUGCCCACGUACCUUCGCGACAUCGAGGACUUCAUCAACCUUGCUGCUACAUGUCACCUCCUCCAUGACCUCUCCCUGCACACCUCACCCCGGACUAUCCUCAAGCUCGCAGCGGCAGCAUCGAAGAUAUUCUUUCGACCAGACCCGUGCUUCCUCGUAGCUGCAACCGCACGUCAAGUUGGAGAAUGGGCAUCUCGCUCUCCCGAGAACACCGCUGAGCUCCGCGCCGCAUUCCGAAAGGGCAUGGACGGCUUAUUGGAGCUUGCGCUCGAGCACGCCGGCCUGACGAUGGAGCGCAUCCGCGAGCUGCACGAGAUGCGGUUCUCGACGAUCAAUCCUGUUGUGGACCUCAUCGAUAAGUGCGUCGGCGCGCAGUGGUACGCGACGCCCAACUUCUGGAAUGGCGGCGUCGACGACGCGUGGACCCUCAGCAUGGAUCCGCCCGAGACGUUCUUCCACCUUGCCACCUACGGCGAGCUCUUCGCACCCGCAUUCGACAUCUUCCUGGAGACCGGUGCGGUGCCCGAGGUAUUGGAUGUCGACACGCGGCUCGAGUUCGUCAAGUACUGCAUUCCUGACUGGGCAUGCUAUGCGUGCCAGAACUCUGCAGGAGACGUGAAACGUCAUGAUGGGAGCAUCGACCCACGCCGAGCGGUGGAGGCCGUCGGUCCCUACGUUCCUUUUCUGACCACAGAACCCGGUUUCCCCAAAGGCUUCACGCACUGCACGCAUCAGCUUGGGCUGCGACAUCUCCUCGACAGCACAAGAUGGAAUCCAUCAUGGACGCAAGUGCGCGCUGCCGUCGGAGGAGAUUUCGAGGAAGAGUGGAAGCAAGAAUUGUGGUGGUCCGUCGUCAUGUGCCAGGGCCUUGAGGGCAUGAUGAUGAUCAGACCAGGGAACCUGACGCAAUGGAGCGACCGCCUAGUGGCUUGGAGGGCCAAGAUCGCAGCGUUACCCGUGAAACCCACAAAGUUCAAGGUUGGCAGGCAGGAGACGUACGUGUUUCCGGACCUGAGGGGCGAUCUGGAUGUUGCGACGAGUGGGUAUGCAUGUGGCACAUAGUGUACAUGACCGGCUAGACUGCGACGCAUCCUGCGCAUCAUUCACUCGCUACAUUCAAAAGAGGUUCCAUCACCUUUGGCGGUAGACAACUCGUCUACUUACGC